AUGUCUCAGAUAGCACAAGAAAUGACAGCGAGUUUAAGAAACGCUAGAACACAAUUGGAUAUGGUUGACCAACAAUUAGCAUAUUUGGAUAGACAAGAAAAGCUUGCUGAUCUGACAAAGAAGGAGCUGGGGUCUUACCCAACGGAUAAAGUAUGGAGAUCCUGCGGCAAAUCGUUCAUCUUACAGGAGAAAUCCAAAUAUGUUGAUGAUUUAUCGCACGAUGAAAGUAUUCUUCUAGAUCAAAGGAAAACAUUGAAAAUAAAGAAAAACUACUUGGAAACUACUGUCGAAAAGACGAUAGAUAACCUAAAGGCAUUGAUGAAGAACUAA